AUGUUGUUGCUCUCUGUUUUCCUGGCGAUCUUGGCGGUAUGCCAAUGCAAGGUGGAGUUCAGCGAUAGAGCGAGGAACUUCAGUGUGGAGCUGCUGUACUACACCGCUGAGGAGACGCAUUGGCACACCGUGAUAUCGCCGCUCGGCGUGUGGAGCCUGCUGACCGGCAUAUCAACGGGCGCGACUGGAAACAGCAAGGCGCAGCUGAGGCGUAGCCUUCUCCUGCCGAAGAGAACCACAACUGUGGUGGAGGGGCACAAAAAGCUCAUGAGCGACGUGGUAUUACCAAAGACGAAGGACGUCACACUGAAGAGCGUGAACUAUCUGUUUGUCGAUACGGGUUUCGUGAUAAACCCAGUCUUCCACAACAGCAUCGUUUACGAUUUCGGUGCGAAGGUGACAAGGCUCCGUUUCUCAUCGCCCGACGACGCCGCGGCUAAAGCGAACGGCGUGAUCCAGAAGUCGGGCGCUACCGUGUCGAACGUGCUUCGCUCCGACGACUUCCAGAAUUCGAGGGUAAUAUUGACCAACGUGAUAACGUUCAAGGGCCUUUGGCGGCUGCCGUUCAACGAGUCCGAAACUAAAGUGCUGCCCUUCCACGACGAGAAGAUGAACGAAAUCGGCAAAGUGAAUAUGAUGCAGCAACAGGAGAAUUUCCAGUUCUCCAACAUCGCUUCAAUCUCCGCCACCGUUCUGGAGUUGCCUUACGGCGAAGACGACCACUACUCCUUCCUGGUCAUCCUCCCGUACCUCGACGUGACGCUGGCCGAGGUGUACACAGCGCUGGAGAGGGUCAGCGUAAAAGAGAUCCUGGAGAAGCUGCGGCGGGACACGGAGGAGUACGGAGAGGCGAGCGUGAUAGUCAACCUGCCGCGCUUCAAGAUCAGCACUAACGUGGUGCUGAACAGGCCGCUGUAUAACAUGGGCGUGAUUGACAUAUUCGACCCGCAGGCUGCCAGCUUCAAGCAGAUCUCGAAUACGGAGAGUCUUCACGUGUCCGCCAUAGUCCACAAGGCGGACAUCGAAGUAACUGAGACGGGAACGAUAGCUUCCGCCGCGACGUCCGCCUACUUCGCAGACCGAGCGUUGCCCGCCAAUUUCAACGCCAACCGGCCCUUCCUCUACUUCGUCGUCGAAAAGUCCACGGCGACAAUCAUCUUCAGCGGCGUCUAUUCGAAACCGACUGUGUUU